AUGACAACAGAGAGUUCCUUUGUCCAACCGGCAGUACCGAAGUUUGAUAGGUACUAUGAUCAUUGGGCUAUGCUUAUGGAAAAUUUCCUACGAUCAAAGGAAUACUGGGGCCUCGUGGAGGAUGGAAUUCCUGCAGCAGCAGAAGAUAUGACUGAUGCACAGAAGAAGAACAUUGAUGAUCAAAGAUUGAAAGACUUGAAAGCAAAUAACUUUCUGUUUCAAGCAUUAGAUCGUUCAGUCUUAGAAACAAUUCUGAAAAAGGAGACUGCAAAGGAUAUAUGGGAUUCUAUGAAGCUGAAAUAUCAGGGUAAUACACGAGUUAAGAGAGCACAAUUGGAAACCGUGAAUGGGUUUUUUGCUCGAACUCUCACCAUUACUAACAAGUUAAAAGCAAAUGGUGAAGACAAGGGAGAUGUAGGGGUCGUGGAAAAGAUCUUGAGAUCCAUCACUCCCAAGUUCAAUUUUGUUGUAUGUUCCAUGGAGGAAUCCAAGGAUACAAGCACGAUAACUAUUGAUGAGUUGCAAAGCAGUCUGCUUGUGCAUGAACAACGAAUGAGCUCUCCAGUUGCAGAUGAACAAGCCUUAAAGAUUACUCAUGGAGAACAGUCUGGUGGAAGGGAUCGAGGCUUUGGAAGGGGAGGUCGUGGAAGGGGAAGAGGCAGAUUUGACAAAGCUACAGUGGAGUGUUACAACUGUCACAAGCUUGGACAUUUUCAAUAG